AUGGAAGCUGUUGGUACUGGAGCUGCUGCCAACGUUUCUUCAGAGAUCGCGAAAGGCACCUUCCAAGAAAUUAAACGUCAUAUCAGACAUGUAUUUAUCUACAAGAAAAAUGUCGACAAGUUCGAGGAAAAACUUCAGAUGUUGAUAGCAAAAAGAACAAGUGUGCAGCAAGAGGUUGAUGCUGCGGACAGGAACGGGGAGAAGAUAAAAGCGGACGUCCAACAUUGGAGCAACACAGUGGACAAGGUAAUCAAUGAAGAGGAGAAGAAGGUGAAGGAUCUUCAAGAGAAAGCAAAGAACAAGUGCUUCAUUGGCUUGUGUCCCAAUAUUAAGUCUCGCUACCAGCUUAGCAGGAAAGCAGAAGAAGGUGUUGCGGUUGUUGACGACCUUAUUCGACAGUGUCAAUUUAACGAAGUGGGAUACCGUGGUGUUCCAGAAGAUCAAGUUGCACAAUUAUUAAGUCUCAGACUGGAAGAUAAGAGUACGGUUGUAAGAGCACAUAGAUUGUGCGAAAGGUUGAAAAAAGGGAAGAAGGUUCUUGUUGUUUUAGAUAAUACUUGGAAGGAAUUGGAUCUCGAGAAAGUUAGAAUUCCAUUUGGGAACCAACACAAGGGAUGCAAGAUAUUGUUGACGUCAAGAGAUCAAAAUGUACUCACCAAUGAGAUGGAUGCAGAGAAAACUUUUGCAAUUGGUGAUAAAGAAGAUUGGCUCUUAUUUAGGAAGACGGCCGGGGAAAUUGUUGAAAGCACUGAGUUGCGAUCUACAGCAAUUGAGGUAGCCAAAAGAUGUGCAAAAUUACCGUUGGCCAUUGCAACAGUUGCAAGGGCAUUGAGAAAUAAAAGCUUAUAUGCUUGGAAUGAUGCUUUACGUCUACUGCAUUGUGAUAGCAUCGAUUACUUGUUGAGAUAUGCCAUUGGUUUGGGUUUAACUAAUGGUGUCAACACCGUGGAGGAAGCGCGAAAUAGGUUGUUAACAAUGGUGAGUAACUCUUGUUUUUUACUUGAUAGUAACAUCAAUGACCAGUACUUUGAUAUGCAUGAUCUUGUUUUUGAUGUCGCCAUGUCAAUCGCUUUUACAUACAAUCAAGUCUUUGCAUUAAAUGAGGAGGAUGUUCUAAAAGAUUGGCCUGAUGGGGAGACAAUGAAAAAGUGGAACAAGAUUUGUUUGAAAUAUCAUAGGGUUGGAGAGGUUCCUGACAAGUUGAAUUGUCCACAGCUUGUUCUUUUCCUUAUUUGUAGAAAGGAUCUGUCCAUGAAAAUGCCACCUAACUUCUUUAGGGAAACAACAAAUCUUAAAGUCUUAGAUUUGACUCAGAUGCAUUUCUCUUCUUUACCUUCAUCAAUUUGUCUUCUAACAAGUCUUCGUACAUUGUGCCUAGAUCAAUGUGAAUUGGGAGAUAUAGUCAUUAUUGGAGAGCUCAAGAAUUUAGAAAUUCUUAGCCUUUGA